AUGCGUGGCGACCUCUCCAACAUCACCGCCCCGCCAUUCGUCCUCGAUACGAAAUCCGCUAUUGAACUGCCCUCGUUCUGGGCCGAGCGACCCUCGAUAUUCGUGGCCCCUGCGGCCGCGGACGAUCCCGCGGAGCGAGCAUUGUUGGUGCUGAAAUGGUUCGUCUCGUCCUUGAGGAACCAGCAGUACGCGGGCAGGUCGGAGGCCGAGGGCGUGAAGAAGCCGAUCAAUGCCUUUCUCGGGGAACUGUUUUUAGCCAGGUGGGAGGACGACCGGGAUCAGGAUCAGGACAAGCUCGGGGUCGGGGUUACGAGGCUGGUUAGCGAGCAAGUAAGUCAUCACCCACCUGUGACCGCGUGUCGGGUCUGGAACGAGGAACACGGCGUCUCGGCAGAAGGAUACACUCGCCAGGAGAUCACCUUCAACGGCAGCGUCAACAUCCAGCAAAUCGGCCGCGCGACACUUCAUCUUGCUCGACACCACGAGACAUACCUCAUCCCGCUUCCAGACAUAAAAAUCAACGGCAUUUUAACAGGUUCUCCGUACCCGGAGUUGCACGGCACCCACCACAUCCCGAGCACGAGUGGGUAUAUUUCAACCAUCCACUUCAACGGCAGACGAGGCGUCUUCUCCAGCUCUGACAGGAAGCACAGCUUCGAGGCCAGAGUAUAUCAGGACGGCAAGGUGGGCACUGAUCCCAUUUACACCGUCUCAGGGCGGUGGGACGGCCAGUUCGUCAUCCGCGACUGCAGGCAGAACAUCGACAUCGAGACAUUCGACGUAACGACGGCGAGAACUACGCCGCUAAUCACCGAUCCAAUCGAGGAGCAGGACCCGUGGGAGUCGCGUCGAGCGUGGCGCGGCGUUCGCGAAGCCCUGCAACGCAGGGACAUGCAGGCUGCUGCUGACGCCAAAGAAAGGAUCGAGAAAGGCCAGAGAGAGAUGCGUAAAACGGACAACGACGGCAGAGACUGGGAGCGGCUGUUCUUCGAGCCCAUUUCGAGAAAGGAUGAAGUCGCAGAGUCGUUGGCGGGAAUGGUCGGAUUGACUCUCGACCCCGACGAUACGGUGGCGAGCUGGAAGUUUCGGUGA